CUGGGUGGUCUUACUCUCUUUAUCCGCUUGACUAAAAAAAAUUGGCGUCGAGUGAUAGAGACGAAGAAGAAGAAGAAAAUGCCGUGCCUCAACCUCUCCACCAACGUUAACCUUGACGGCGUCGAUACAUCUUCCAUUCUCUCGGAAGCUUCCUCCACCGUCGCGAAAAUCAUCGGCAAGCCUGAGAACUAUGUGAUGAUUGUCUUGAAAGGCUCAGUGCCUAUGUCAUUUGGCGGGACCGAGGAUCCUGCAGCUUAUGGUGAAUUAGUUUCUAUCGGUGGCCUUAAUGCGGAUGUGAACAAGAAGCUAAGCGCUGCUGUUUCCGCCAUUCUUGAGACUAAGCUAUCGGUGCCCAAGUCUCGAUUCUUCCUCAAGUUUUAUGACACCAAGGACCAUCAAAGUCAAGAAUAUGCACAAUGUUUACACGCUUUACACCAGCACUACUAGGUCAUGAAUAGGGAACAAAUACAUCUUAUGUGUGUAAGUUCAUCAUCAUAAGACGGACCUAUAACUUUUACUCAUAAACUAGGCAUUAUAAACAAUUAAAUCAAAUGCAUAAACCGUUCCACUACUCGAAUUCAAUCUUUACACCCACACUGUUGAGUUAUUUAGGAGAUUCGUUCAACUUCUCUAAAUCCGUUGUCUAACUGGCUUAGAGGGUCAUCCAUCAUCUGGAGUGUUUAUGCCUAUAACCACCUGAUAUAUCAAUUAUACAUUUCUUUUCUCGUGUGGUUCUUCUUGCAGGGAUCCUUCUUUGGUUGGAACGGGGCGACUCUUUAAUUCCGUGGUAGGUGAUUAGUGUGAUUGUCUUGAAAUGUAUGAUCUACUCUCAUCGAUCAAGUAACUUUGAACUACUUCGUAUUGUAAACAUAUCUAAGGUUUGAUGGAGUUGCAUUAAGAAAUAACAUUUAUGCUAUAUAUGAUGCUACAACUUACUAUCAGGGUAAACAAUGGUUAUUUAGUCUUUGUCUACUCGUUAGAUAUAAUUAUGUUUAGAAUUCGAAGAUGAAUGUUAUCAAAGAAAAAAGGAUUUGACAUUGUCAAGUCUACUACUCCAUAUGACA